GCACACUCGCAGCUGCCGGACAGCGUGGGGACACGAAAAUCAGCCGAAAGUCCAACUCGGACGGCUGCUGCUGGCCAACAGAAAAUCAUGGCACAAAGUGCAGGUGCACAGUGAGUGCCGCAGUUCGGCGCGGCGGCUGGCGGAUGGGAACAUGCGCUGCGGUCAGCCCAAAAAACGCGGGUGCGGCGCGUUCUAUAGCGCGUCUCUUUGACAACUUUUGACAUUACAUGUACGGCUAUUCGUCGGGUGUCUCGCUAAACGGUCCACGAAGUGGCGGGACCGCUGGAAACGGGAGUGAGACGCACUGACUGACACACACACAGUGACAGUGGCUGGCGGAGAGCGCGCGCUCCCGGAUUACAGCGGGGCGAAGGCGCGCCGGGAGCCCUCAGUCAUAGCGGGCGACCGAGGGAGACGCACGGACGAGGACAAGAUGAUGAGAGCGGCGCGGUGCGGCGGGGGCGCUUUCCAAAGGGUGGCGCUGCCCACAUCAAGCCUGCACAAAGACACGUGCUGAUAACAGAAUUGGAGACACCCGUACUUGCCAGCAGAAAACAAGCUGAGCAAGCAGGCAUCCAAGGAAUCAGGCUGGCCCACUUGUGAAACGGACCGAGCGUAAAGCCACAAGCGCCUGGGUGCAUCUCGAGCCGUGGCUAAAACAGGACCCUGAAAGACGAAGGAGACACAUGGCAGUUGCAUGAUAGCUUGCUGUAACUACAAUUGUGAUGGAGAAGCUAUGAUUCCAGUGAGACGCGCAACAAUUUAGAGAGACAGGAGAGGGGAGGGAAAAAAUAACUUCGCAGAAGGACUCUUUCCAAGGUUUGGAAAAACAUUUAAACCUGAAACGCUCCAUUUUUAAUAAACCACCUUUUUAGGUUACAUUAGCAUCACCUGAGCUCAUUAAAGUUCCCAACUUGAGGACAUUGAUCAUGGAGUGCUGGCCUGAGCAGUGAGCCAUUGGUACAAGGAGCAGAAGUCCCAGUGGUGUGAGCCCCAGCACCCCAGCACAACAUGAGGGUCCCAGCAAACAGGUUUCACAGAGACCCCUUGGGAAGAUCCUGGAGUGCUCACUGAAGGCAGAGGAGGCACUGUUGCGUGGGGGAGACGUCAAACCCCAUCAGGCUACAGAGCUUGGAAGGAGGACUAAACUACAGGACAAACACAGGAGUUGGGCCAAACCUUGACAGCCUUGCCCUCUGCCCCAUCAGUCAAGGAGUGAAAAGGCUGGAUACUCAGAAGGAGAGCAGGAAACACUGAACAAGAAAAACCAUUCAAGGUCCAGGGUGGCUCCUUUCUGAAAGGAGCAAGAGGGAGGUGAGAAGUACAGAGUGGGCAGCUCAAGGAAGCAAGGAGCAGCGCCAUGGCUCCAGACGGUGUAGCUGAGCUCCGCGACUGGCUGUUCCUGCUGCUGCUCUGCCUGACACUACUGGCCGAGGUACUCGAACUGGCGGCGGCAACUGCAGCAGCUGCAGAGGCGGUGCAGGAGGCUGAACGGGAGGCCGAUGUGGCGUGUCCUUCAGCUUGUCGUUGCGAUGAGGGCUAUAUCUACUGCAAUGACCGGGGGCUAAGCGUCAUUCCGCCGUUGCCCUUCUCGGCAGCAGUGCUUUACUUGCAGAACAACCGCAUAGACAACAGCGGCCUACCCACAUCCCUAGAACGCCGUAUGACCGUCCGGGUCAUAUACCUGUAUGAUAAUGAACUGGACGAUUUCCCCAUGCACCUACCCUCAUCCCUGCACGAGUUGCACCUGCAAGACAAUAAUAUCCGCAGCUUGCCUCGAAGCGCUCUAGCCCGGCUCCCACUGCUGGAGAAGCUGCACCUGGAUGACAACUCCAUCUCAACAGUCAGCAUUGAGGAUCAGGCCUUUGCCGAUAAUCCGCGACUCCGCCUGCUCUUCUUGUCACGAAACCACCUCUCCAGCAUCCCAUCUGGGCUCCCAUCCUCUCUGGAGGAGCUGCGGCUGGAUGACAACCGAAUCUCCACCAUUCCCACACACGCCUUCCGAGGCCUGUCGUCUCUCCGUCGACUCGUCUUGGAUGGCAAUCUACUGGCCAACCAGCGCAUCGCAGAUGACACCUUCUCGCGCCUGUCCAACUUGACAGAGCUCUCACUAGUGCGCAACUCCCUCCAGACACCCCCAGUCAACCUGCCCAGUGCCCACCUGCAGCGUCUCUACCUGCAGGACAACGCCCUGGCCCAUAUGCCACGGGGCUCCCUGGACGGCAUGCGACGGUUGCAAAAGCUGGAUCUGUCUGGGAACAACCUAACCACAUUGCCCCGUGGCCUGUUCCGGGAUCUGGACAGCCUCUCACAGUUGCUCGUGCGCGGCAACCCUUGGCACUGUGGCUGUAACUUGCGCUGGCUGCACGACUGGCUGCAUGCCCGGGGUACUUCCGUCACUGUGCGGGGUCUUACGUGCCAGGGGCCUGAAAGGGUACGGGGCAUGGCCCUCCGAGACCUCAGCACCCACAUGGAAGAGUGUGAGGCUGGAAGUGGCGGAGUUGGGAAUGCUGGGGGAGCAGUAGGUGUGGGCAGGGACAGAGGUGUAGGUCCACCCGUUACUACAGCCUCCACCACCAUUUCCCUGCCCCAGGGCUCCCUCUUCACACUCCGAUCCAAACGCCCUGGGAUGAGGCUUCCAGACUCUAGCCAAGACUACCCUGCAGGUGACAGUGGUGCCAGUAAAACCUUAGUUCUCAAAGUAAAGCCGCUCACAGCAGACACAAUCCAUAUCACCUGGCUUGCAGCACAUCCUGCCCCAUCCUUCCGUCUUAGCUGGCUGCGCCUGGGAAACAACCCGGCCGUAGGUUCAAUAACAGAGACACUGGUACCAGGUGACCGACGUGAGUACCUGCUUACUGCCCUGCAGCCUCAGUCCAGCUACAUUAUUUGCAUGGUGCCUCUGGUUGUGAGCUCCAACAAGGGACCUCUUGUAGGUAACACAGACUCAGAUGAGAACCCAGUAUGUGCCAAGGCAGAAACCUCAAACCUCAUGAAUCCUGGCUCAGAACAGGAGGAGGAACAGACGUCAGAACAGUUGACAGCCCUCCCACUGGCCGGAAUCAUAGGUGGUGCCACAGCUCUCGUCUCUCUGGCCCUCAUCUUUGGCAUCUUCUGUUGGUACGGCCACCGGGCAGGGUAUCUUUCUGCCCGCGAGCACUCUGAUUACAGUCGAGGUGGAAGUGGCUCACGCAGUGGCAAACAUUAUGACGAUUAUGUUGAAUCGGGUACCAAAAAGGACACUUCCAUCCUGGAGAUACGGGGGCCAGGAUUUCAGAUGACACCGCUGGCUGCCCAGCAGCCACUGCGGCCUAAACCACGGGAAGACUACAUCAUCCAUACCAUCUUCCCCUCCAAUGGCACCAGCCUAUAUAAGAGCACUCAACACCACUUGGCAAACUCCAGCUAUGGCACCAACCGAGGGUACCGGGAAGGAGGGAUCCCUGACAUUGACUACUCCUACACGUGAUAUGGCCUCUGGUGCUUAACACAUCCCAUCUUCUGGUGUAAAUUCCAAGCAGAGGGUCUCAGCCCUGUUUCCAAAGCACCCCCUUGUGCCUCAUGGAUUCCAUUCCAACUGACCUUUUAUUUGAUAAAACAAGCCUUUAGAUGCUAUUUGCCCACCCAGAUAUGUCAACUAAAAUAUUUUUAAAAAAUUUUCAGAAGCAGUAAUAGUGCUGGUAAAGAAGUAAUACCAUGACUUUAAGACUUCAAGUACUGGCACCUAAAAAUACCUCUACUUAUGUAAUUCAUGAAAAAGUAGGGU